AUGGACUCUCAACAACCAGAAACAACAACAUCAUCCUCACAAAAUACAUCUUCCCCAUUGUUACAUGUUUCUACAACGAAUAAUACGGAUCAUCAUUUGAUUGCGUCAUCUUGGUCUACUGCCCAACUUUUUCAUUCAAAAAUACCAUUUAGGGAUAAUCAUCAAAAUUCAACAUCUAAAAUUCAUGAAUUUAUUUCAUCAAGCAGACUAACUCAACAAAUUAUAGCAGCCACGUUCGGAUCAUGCCUCACAGCCAUUUUUACAUGCCCUUUGGAUGUUAUUAAAUCCCGAAUACAAACUCAACAUUUUGUGAGAAGCAUUCCUCAUCAUUAUAUCAAGCCGUGUCAACACCAUAGCAACCAUGCUCACCAUCAGAACUUUUUACCUCUCUCUACACGACGAGCAUUUAUGACAAUUAUUAAGAAUGAAGGAGCAAAGACACUGUGGAGAGGAUUAAGGCCGACACUUUUAUUAAUUAUUCCUAAUAAUGGUAUUUAUUACUCGUUGUAUGAAAGGUUAAAGAUUGAAUUUUCAGGACUAGGUCAUACCAUCACUCCACUAGUUUCAGGAUGCAUUGCAAGAGUAAUGGCUACUACUGUGACAAGUCCAAUAGAAUUUUUUAAAACAGCGAAUCAAGUGUCAAGGAACAAGGUUUAUUUACGAGAUUUGCGAUGGAGACAUUUAUUAAGAGGACUAAAUGCUACAUUGCUGCGAGACGUUCCAUUUUCUUCUCUGUACUGGAUGUGUUAUGAAAAUAUGAAAUCUUCACUUUUGAACCGAUUUUCGUUACAACAACAUCAUCCACACUACUCGAGAAAUUUAAUGCUCAUUUCUUUCGCAAGCGGUAUGACUGGAGGAGUGAUAGCUACCACGUUAACUCAUCCAUUCGAUGUGAUAAAAACCAAUGCUCAGAAUAUAGAAGCCAAACAUGUAGGAGUGUGGAAUAUUUCCCAGAAUAUUUACAAAACGAAUGGUUUGAGCGGAUUUUCUAGAGGAUUGCUACCAAGAUGCUUGAAAGUUGCUCCUUCUUGUGCCAUCAUGAUUUCCACCUAUGAAUUGGUGAAAAGCUUUUUCGAGACGUGGGAUUAA